GACUGGAGGGGGCGCGCGGGCGGGGUGGAGCCGGGCGACUCGGUUCGUCGUUAGUGCGGGAGGGAGCGCGAGAGGCGGCGGACGCAUCGAACCCAUCGGUUUUCAGAGCCCAAUCAGGUGGUGAGUAUGGCAGAACAAGAACCUACAGCAGAGCAGCUGGCUCAGAUUGCAGCUGAGAAUGAGGAGGAUGAACACUCUGUCAACUAUAAACCCCCAGCACAGAAGAGCAUCCAGGAGAUCCAGGAGCUGGACAAGGAUGAUGAGAGCCUUCGGAAGUAUAAAGAGGCCCUGUUGGGCAGUGUGACUGUUUCUGCUGAUCCCAAUACUCCUAAUGUCAUUGUGACACGCUUGACCCUGGUGUGCAGCACUGCGCCUGGUCCCUUGGAAUUAGAUCUGACUGGUGACCUGGAGAGCUUCAAGAAGCAGUCAUUCGUGCUAAAGGAGGGUGUGGAAUACCGGAUAAAAAUCUCCUUCCAGGUGAACAGGGAGAUUGUAUCAGGCAUGAAGUACAUCCAGCACACUUACAGAAAAGGCGUCAAGAUUGACAAAACUGACUACAUGGUGGGCAGUUAUGGGCCUCGAGCAGAAGAAUAUGAGUUCCUGACCCCUGUGGAGGAGGCUCCCAAGGGCAUGCUGGCUCGUGGCAGCUACAAUAUCAAGUCUCGCUUCACAGAUGAUGACAAGACGGAUCAUCUCUCCUGGGAGUGGAACCUCACCAUCAAAAAGGAGUGGAAGGACUGAACCUAUGGCCCUAGAGAGGGAGGGAGGGAGGCAGGCAUCCCCAGACAGUGGCCACAGGAGAACCCUACCCUGACCCUGAACCCCCUACCCCCAUCCUACUUUCCUUCUCAACCCCUAAUCCCAUACCAAAGUGCUGACAGGGGAGUCCCCACCCCCACCUGACUGUCUUCUCACACCCCUGGUCUUUCUCCUCUGGAUGGGGGGUCCCAUGUUUGUCUUCUUGGGCCCCCUCUCCGCCUCCCAGGUGGUUAUCGUUGUUUUUCCUGUUGCUGCUUCAGCCCAGUCUUGCUUGGAGGUGGGGGCUUCAGCCAAGGCCUAAACUUCCUUCAAGUCCCGAUUCUUCCCUUAGGCCAAAGGGAAGAGGGUCUGUUCUGGGCUUCAACAGGAAUUUAAAUUCUCUUUCCUCAGCUGCUGCAGCCCCACCAAUCAUGUCUUGUUUCCCCUUGGAGGGGGGGUGGUGCACCACAGAAUCAGGGUAGUGAAGAGACCUUUGGCUGUUCUACUGCCCCCUCUGUGUGGCCAUCUAGGGCCUGUCAGUUCAUUCAUUGCUGUCUGUAACCGUGUAACCAUGAUGCCUUAACAUGUGGAACGUGUGCUAUGUGGGGAGAACUGCUCCCCCAAUCACUAACCUCUGGCUCCCCUGUGUCUGCAUGAGCAUGUGGUUCCCUAUCCCCACCUUCCCUCCACCUUCGCUAAUUACAGCGACUUGCAUUGUCUGUCUGUGCUGCUGCCCCUUCUCCCUAGCUUGCCCAGGGUGGGUCUUAGCCCUACUCUCUCUCCCAGACCAGGGCUCCAGGAACUGCUCCCAACUGGUGAGAGCCAAACUGCCAAAUCUCUAACCUGUUCCUUCUUUCUAUGCCCCACCCUCACACUCCAGAAAGCUGGGGUUUUCUCACUCUCUGGGGACCUGGGGAGGCUCUGGCUUCCUCAUCCCAGUCACUUCCUGUGGUCAGGGCAGCUCUCCUAUCUGAGGAGUCUCUAGGCCUAUUUGAACAAAGACCCCCCCGAAGGACAAAGCCAAUGGUUGAGCCUUACUUGUCCCUGGCUUGAGCUCUCAGCCCCUGCCUUGGAAUCUUGUGCCUGGCCUGUCAGUUAUGUAUUGCCUUGAUUUGUGCCGACCUGGGGCCCUGCUCAGCUGGCCCCUCUUUCUCCCUUGGGAUCCAGGGCCACCAUCCCCAGGCAGAGCCCACCCUUACCCUACAAGGCCUAGCCAAGACAGACAUGGGACCAAGUGCGCACAGAUUGGGAGCUGUGUCUCCUGUGCCUCCCUUUUUUUCCCUCCCUCCCCCACUUUGAUGCCACCAGUCUUUUGGUUUGGUAUCACAAACUCUGGAGGCCCUCGGUAACAGGUUUGGAAUCACCUGGCUACUUCUCCUUUUCAGAUUGGGGAAAUAAACUCUCAAUGUACACAA